GGAACAUGGUGCUGGCUGAGCGCUGUGCGUUACUCAGCGCCGAGAUACUCAAGAGUCAGGUCAAAUACUCUGAGGCUGCAACUCUCCUCAUUAAGAUGACCAGCGAGGACUCUGACCUGCGCAGUGCUCUGCUGUUGGAACAGGCUGCCCACUGCUUCAUCAACAUGCGUAACCCUAUGGUUCGCAAGUUUGCCUUCCAUAUGAUCCUGGCUGGUCAUCGUUUCAGCAAAGCAGGACAGAGGAGGCACGCACUGCGCUGUUACUGCCAAGCCAUGCAGGUGUACAAGGAGAGGGGCUGGUCUUUGGCGGAGGACCACAUCAACUUCACUAUCGGCCGUCAGUCCUUCACACUCAGCCAACCAGAGAACGCUGUGACGGCCUUCAGACAGAUCCUGACCAAUGACAGCAGGCAGACAGCCACACAGCAGGGCGCCUUCCUCCGGGAAUAUCUCUAUGUUUAUAAGAGUGUGAUAGGAGAAAAAGAAGACAGCCUCCCACAGCUGCCUCUGCCCUGCAUCCACAGCUCAGCCACCAGAGUCUACUUUGGACAUGAACGCCGCCUCGCAGAAGGGGAAAAGCAGGCAGCGACUCAUGUGUCCCUGGAUCAGGAGUAUGACCAGGAUCAAGCAUCCAUGUGGGGCCACCUGGAGGAGCAGCUGGUGGCUUCGGCCAACAGGGGGUUCGUCCCAGGAAACUUCCAGCCAAGCCAGUGCUGCCUGAACAGCCAGACGGACAACCUGCGCUGCCCUCUGGCUGUGGCCGAGGAGCCAAUCGUAGUGGAGGUGUUGUUCAGGAACCCUCUGAAGGUUCCUCUGGCUCUGUCCAACCUCUCCCUACUAUGGAGUUUCACAGCUGAAGGCACAUCUCCAUCCCAGGAGAAUGCAGAAGAGGCCAUCACAAAUGAGGAGACCUUAACUCAAGGGCAGAUGAAACAGAAAGAUGACAUCGUCACCACUGAGAUUAUCCUGGAGUUUCAUUUGGGUCCGGAGGAGACCAAAUUGGCUCGACUCCGGCUGCUGCCACACAGUAUUGGGCAGCUGAACAUUGUGGGUGUGGUGUAUAACCUGGCUGCAGCCUCUUCUGGAGAGACGGCUCCCAGCACUGAAGGCCAGCAGACUUUAGACUUGAUGGUGGUCCGUGGCAGACAGGAUCUGAAGAUCCAGGGCCCACGAUUGAAUCAGACCAAAGAGGACAAGAUGGUGAUUCGACACGGUCUGGAUCGGCGUCUGGAUCCCAUCAUAACACCACCCAUGCCGCUAAUGGAGGUCUUCUUCCUGCAGUUUCCCACUGCUCUGCUGUGCGGUGAGAUCAGGAAGGCCUACGUUGAGUUCUGUAACGUCAGCGGUGUCGCUCUAUCCGGCCUUCGAGUGGCGUCCACACACCCUGAUUUCUUCACCUUUGGCAGCCAGACCACGACUCCCCUCACGCCUGUCAGCCCCACCUCAGCUGAAAACUGCUCCGCCUAUAAAACGCUGGCCACGCCCCGGCAGCCUGGCUCCGUGGCGACUGAGGUGCUGGUCUCAGCGGGGGAUUUCAGCCAGCCGUCCGGUGUGAUGGAGAUCCCGAUAGAGGGCAGCACGCUGCAGCCGGGGGAGUCCACCCAGCUGCCUCUGUGGCUCCGAGGACCAGACCAGGAGGGGGUGCACGAAAUCAACUUCCUCUUCUACUACGAGAGCACAGAGAAGGGAAACAAAAUCAGCCACCGGGUGCUGCGUCACUCCGUCUUCAUCUGUGCCAGCCGCUCUCUGAGUGUGAAGGCGUCGGCCUGCCGCAGCAGCGGUCCUCCUCACCACAGCCUGGAGGACCAGGGCAGCGGGGGGACGCUGGUCUUCAUAGAUGUGGAGAACAUCAAUACUAGUGAAGCGGGGCUUCGUGAGUUCCACAUCAUCCAGGUUUCCAGCAGCAGUCAACACUGGCGCCUCCACAAGUGUAUCAACCCAGCAAAGGAUAAAGACUGUAAACUCACCAGCAGAGAAAGAGCCAAGCUGUGUUUCAGAGCCACGCCAUGCAAGCCUCAAGCUACCUCGAACGCCGUACAGAAAUACACGUUUGCAGACCUGAAUCUGGGAAAUGAACGGGUAAAUAUAAACAUGACUCCUAAUAAAUGGCUC